AUGUCAGCCAACACGGUCUCUGAUGUGUCUUCCAUCAGACAAGACGGAUACCUGGACCAGGUUCGAGCUCGGGAAAGCCACAGCAGGUCCCGUGAACGAAACAGCAAAGAAGAGUCGCAGGAAGACAUGUCAGAAUCAUGGAAGGGUGAUGCAACCCUCCCGCGAACCCUCAAGCCUCGCCCUCCGCCACCGCUGCCACCAGUACCACUCACCAUCUCCACGGGCAGCUUGACCUUUCAGGAUCAUCGUCCGAGUUCUGCGGCCUCGAUCAGUGGCGACGACGAGCGAAGCCUUUCUCAUCAUGCGGGCCCAGAAUACGAUCCCGUCACUUCUUCAGAAUCAAGUUCGACGGCAGUGUCGGGCACUCAGAUCUCAUAUCAAAAACCGAGACGUAGAUCCUACACCAAGGUACUGCCACUCCGUUCACCUCAGUCUACGUCUCCUGCGGAGUUAGGCAGCAAAGCGUCGUCUUACUCGCCAAGUGCGUCCCCGUCCUCGAGUCCAAUGCUGCCACUGGCGCCGCACGAGUCUUUCGAGCCAAGGGAGAUUAUCUCGGUUACUGACGACUCGGGGGCGGGGUGGAGGCGACAUACUCGCGUCUAUGACGGAGGUGUUUGUCUGGCUUGUAUGGCAUCAACGGGACAAGACGGUCACGAUAGCCAGGGGGGCUUCUAUGGUGACAAUGUACCCAUGGAUCAGCGGCGAUAA